AUGGAUAGCGAUAACGAUCAUGGUGUCUCUGCAAAGGACCUCAGCGACAGACUCGAGCAGAUUAAAAUCUCGUCUGAGCGUUCUAACAAGAAUAAAAAUCCCGAGAGGAAGCCGCUGCUGCCUGCUCCUUACCUACCACCUCAAUUGAACCCUGCCAAAGCCCAUCUCUAUAAUGUCAGGCGGCCGCGUAAAGCAUAUUAUGGCUUUGCUGUUACGUCGGACUCCAUGGUUGACCACGCCCUCCGCUGGUACAAGGGCAGGUUCACUCGUGAGGAAUUCGACCGUGCCGACCUUAGCCACGUUGAGAUCAUCUGCGUGGGGGCUGCUGCAAAGCACUUGGAACUCGAUACAGAGCACCCGAGACUGGAGUUCCCUCUUGCUGAGACACCCGAUGGAUUGAGGCCAUGCAUUGCUAUAUACAACAGUCACAAACGGAGCGACUGGAAUCUGGACGCAGAGAAGGAGAGGGAGCAAAUUGAUUUUAUCAGGAGCGAGCUCAGAUUACCAGAGACGCAGGAGGCAAUGUGGUAUUUUGCUAACUGCCGAUGAGCCUACGUGUGACACUGUUGCUACGUCCCUUCUAUCACUACACGUAAGAACGUGACCUUGGGUUUGGACUGUCAGCGUGAGCGCUGGCGUAGAUUUUCUAAAACUCGAGAAGCAUUGCGUCCAAUUGAAAGCGCGCCUAAAGACAAUAGUAGCGAGAAUAUAUAACACAUUUUGCAACGAAACAAAGACGUUCACAAGCUUAUCAUACAACGACUACACAUUGCAAUUGAUCGUAAAGAUUUACACUGCAGUACAAAGAUAUCACAGAUCACCCAUUUACGCCCAAAAGCUGAAGAAAAUCCAAACAGCUUGUAUCCGGUCAACGAGGGUACUGGCAGGGUAGAUUGGCUUCACGGCUGAUAGGUUUGCUCACUUGAGCCUGCUGCUCUGUCCGUCAGUGGGGUACGAGGUCUUGAGGGUACAGGAGUGUUGUGAGUGGAGGGUGCUCUUGAGCUGCGAGUGGAGGGUGCCCUUGAGUUGCAAGUGGAGGGUGCUCUUGAGUUGCAAGUGGAGGGUGCUCCUGAGUUGCGAGUGGAGGAUGCUCUUGAGUUGCGAGUGGAGGGUGCUCUUGGAGUGAGAGUACCCUUUUGUCAGGUUACGAGCGGGUGGUGAGUUGACUGACUGAAUAAGAUAAGAAUAAACUCAGUCCCGAGUGUCGAACACGAAGACUGCAUUGUUGUAGCUAACCUGAAUAAGAUAAGAAUAAACUAAACUACAGUUAGCUAUGAUAUGGAAAUAACGAAUGUGGUAACAUACCUCAGUCCCGAGUGUCGAACACGAAGACUGAGGGAAAAGACUACGGCGGCGACGUGCGUUGACGAGACGCCCGCUUACAUAAGCUAUCGGAAGGAAUACUACCUCGGCGUACUCUAAACUAUGCAAACGUACGAUAUAACAACACGCCCACUCGGCGAGUGUAGAAUUCAAUCAAAUAAAAUACCCAUGCCUGAUGAGAAACGAACGUGCUUCUCACGAGAGAGAGCUUUGGUGAGUACAUCCGCGACUUGUUCAUUGGUCGGAAUGUACUGGGUAUCGAUGUCGCCGUCCUCGUAGCGUUCACGAAUGAAAUGAUACCGGCUGAUACCAGAUGGCGAUGUGCUUCGUGCGGGAAUGGAGGACAGCGUUCUUGAUGAGAGCGAUGGCCGACUGGUUGUCAAUGAAAACAGGAGUCGGGCCGGGCUGGUGAACGUCGAGCUCGGAGAGCAACAGACGAAGCCAAAUCGCCUCUUUGACGGCUGCGGUGGCAGCCAUGUAUUCCGCUUCAGUCGUUGACAACGCGACCGACGACUGCUUCUUCGACGACCAGCUGACAGCGCCACCAGCCAUUACGAAAACGUAGCCAGUGACGGAGCGUCGAUCCGUCGCGUCUGCAGCCCAAUCGGCGUCGACAAAUGCCGUCGGAGCAAGAUCUGCGUCGCGCUUGAAAAUGAGGCGCGCCGCGGAUGUUCCUACAAGGUAGCGGUGGACGCGUUUGAGCGCCAUGUAGUGCUGGAAAGCCGGGGUUGCCGAGUGCUUGCUGAGAACGCCCACUGCAAAUGCGAGAUCUGGGCGUGUUGCGAGCAUCGCAUAC